GUCACCAAUUAUUUUUUAUGUAGCUGUGUAUUCCCAUGUCUAUUUAAUUACACAGUAUUUGCUGCCUGCAGUUGCCGCACAAAGGGUUAAGAAGCAAAGCCCCGCCUCUCGCUGGUCCUCUCUUUCUCCUACACGGAAGUGCUGCAGCCUGUAAUGACACAAUGAGUCGGAUGCAGCUGCCUCAGUGACCCUGUAACGGCACAAAGCUCCCUGUUUGCGUCACAGACAUGGCUGACCAUGACGACUGGAAAGUCUCCCUACGAACGUAUUACUACAGCAAAUUCUCUUUGUCCUUCUACUCCACUUUAUUCUCGCUCAUAGGCCUUGUGAUCAUGUGCAUUGGCAUUUAUGCAGAGAGUGAAAGACAGAAGCACCGAACCCUGGAGGGAAUCUUUCUGGCACCAGCUAUCAUCUUGCUUCUGCUUGGCAUCGUAAUGUUUGCGGUCUCCUUUAUCGGAAUGGUUGGAUCCCUCCGAGAUAAUAUACUGCUGGUGAAGAUAUUUUUCUGGUUGCUUGUGGCCAUCUUCCUUAUUGAGGUCCUGCUAAUAAUCAUUGAAGUGGUGUUUGAAAAUCAGAUGAUAAAAUUUGCACAUGCAAACAUCUUAGUGGGAAUGGAGCAGUAUUACGAUGACUUGGAUUUUAAGAAUAUUAUGGAUUUUGUUCAAGAAAAGUUCUCGUGCUGUGGAGGAGAUGAUUUUAAAGACUGGAAGGUGAAUCAGUAUCAUUCGUGCAAUAGCACCGGGCCCUUGGCCUGUGGAGUGCCUUACACAUGCUGCAUAACAGGGAAGGAGACUGGAGGAGUGAAGAACACACUGUGCGGGUACCAGACCCUGGAUAAAGAGAGACUGGAAGUCCACAGUAUUAUCCACGUGAGAGGCUGCAUCCAUGCCGUGGGCCUGUGGCUCAAUGAUAACUAUGGUGUGACGAUUGGAUUAGUCGUAGCUUUACUCACACCCCAGUGCCUGGGCAUUGUCCUGUCCUUUCUUUUUUGGCAGAAACUGGAGGACUUCUGCUCCCUUUAUGAUGACGUGGAUUUCAGGUUCUUGAAGCAAUAUUCAUUCAAGGAUCUAGAUCUCAGUGGCGCUGGGUGGUGCUUGUGCCUACCUCGUGAGGAUGGAUACCUCCCUGUUGACCAGGGCAGUGAUAACGCUGGAUUCGAACUGGGAUCAUGAGAUAGAAGCUGCAGAUAUGCGUCUGCUGAAGUCACCGUUGCUGGGGGAGCUGAGUCAAGUAAAAUAGAGCAGCUCAGAACAUUUCAAGGAGAUGCAGAAGAGACAGACGAUGUAUAUAAGACAAAAGGUUCACAUGCUGGAAUUCAAACCUCAGGUUAUAGUAUCUCAUAGGUAGCAAUGUGCCUAUAGUACCAAAAUAAUACUACUCAUGGAGUUACUAAAUGGCCUUCACGACUCUGAUGUGUAUAACAUGGAUAUGUGACAUUAUCAGGAACCAAUACGAGUAUUUCAUUACAACUUACUUUUUGAAAAACUUUGAAACGUUCUGGUGCCAUUGGGAGAGUCACUUCAUCCUUCUAUCUAGAGAAGGAAGAUGCUGGAGGUUGGUAUUUUUGGUUAAAUGGAUGAAUCACAAGAACCUCAAGACAAGACCCCCAUGCCCAAUAAGUGUCCAAACUUCUGUGACCAUGACUGACAGAUGAGCACCCAUUGACUUCACUCUAUGUGGGCACACUCCUUUACAUGUUGAUAAAAUCCUACUCUUAGAUACUGUAUUUGUCUUUGUUUUAGACCUUCCUCACUCAACAUAUCUCAUGUGGUGAACAUGACCUCAAUGAAUUAAGUUAGAAGAAGACUGACUAGUGAAACCCUUCCAGAACACUGUACUGUUCAUACUGUGCAACUGAGACUGACCUGCUCCUAUGAGCACACACUGUAGUAACUACGUGAGUGUUUCCCCUACCCCCCACGGACAAAUACUACAGAUUUCUGUACUUUAUAUUUAGUGAGCACUGAUUUGCAUGAACUUAGGAAACUGACCAAAAGGUGGUGUUGUUGUUUUUUAACUUAAUUGAAGAAAGGGAUUUUUUAAAGGAAUUAAGUUUUUGUUGUGCCGCUGGGGUGGGGCAGCCAAUCACUGCCCUUAGGACUAGUUCCAUAUAUUAAUGGGCAGAUUUAUCAAGGGUCAAAUUGAGAAUUUGAAUCUUCAAGUUUUUUUUUAUGGGCAAAACUAUCAAAUGUGACUAAGGAAUUGUUAAAAUUCAAUUUGAGUGUUUUUUUUUUUUAAAUA